GGCGGCGGCGGCCGCGCUCGGGGCGGGGAAAGCGAGGGGCGCCACGCGGGGCGACUCCCCGGCCAGCGUCACGCAAGCUUCUUUUGCGCAACAGCUUUGAGGGAGCAGAGAGCGGAGUGCAGGCGAAAUGGCCCUGGUGCCCUAUGAGGAGACAGCGGGAGUGGGCUUGCAGAAAUUCCACAAGCCUCUAGCCACCUUCUCCUUUGCCAACCACACCAUCCAGAUCCGGCAGGACUGGAGACAGCUGGGAGUCGCGGCCGUGGUGUGGGACGCGGCUGUCGUUCUUUGCACCUAUCUGGAGAUGGGAGCUGUGGAGCUGCGGGGCUGCUCUGCUGUGGAGCUGGGCGCCGGCACCGGGCUGGUGGGCAUCCUGGCGGCCCUGCUGGGUGCUCAUGUGACUAUCACGGACCGAAAAGUAGCAUUAGAAUUUCUUAAGUCAAAUGUUCAAGCCAACUUACCUCCCCAUAUCCAACCCAAUGCUGUUGUUAAGGAGCUGACCUGGGGACAAAAUUUGGGGAGUUAUUCACCUGGAGAAUUUGAGCUGAUACUUGGAGCUGAUAUCAUAUAUUUAGAAGAAACAUUCGCAGAUCUUCUUCAGACUUUGGAACAUCUCAGUAGCAAGCGCUCCGUGAUUCUUUUAGCUUGCCGAAUUCGCUAUGAACGGGACAACAACUUCUUAGCGAUGCUGGAGAGGCAAUUUACUCUUCUUGAGAGCAGGGACUUCUUAUUGCCCAGAAGUGUGUCUUCAAGUAUUUGUGAAAUAAGAAAGAAACAACAAAGGUAUGGGCAACGAGAAGAUGGGUACUCUAAGGUACUGUAUGGUUUUAUUGGAGGCCCAAGCACCUGAACAACACAGGUUACAAGUAGGAUGACCAUAUGUCCUGAUUUACUCAGCACAAUCCUGGUUUACCCCUUUUGUCCCUAUUAAUUAGUAUCACCUUUUUACUCUUAAAAAUGCCUGCAGAAUAACUUACAUGGUCAUGCUCUGUAGAAAAAGAAUAAAAUUUAUAUAACAAGCGGCAUAAACAUGUCAUGGUAAUUUUAAAAAAAAAAGUUCUUUAGAAUAAAUGCAACUGCUUAUUUUCAGAAAUUGAAUUAAUAGGAGAAUCUUUUAUUAUGCUUUAAGCAAAGAGCAGAUUAACCACACCCUCUCCCAUUUCCUUCCAUUUUAUCUGAUCACAGAACUUUAGAAUUACAAAGGGACCUGAGAAG